GAAUUCCGUUUCCGGAACUUGCAGUGACGCCAUGACUCGGACUAUCUUUUCGAACUAACCUCUUAAAAUUGACUAAGCAUCGACGCACACACGGUGUGUGUUUCGCUUGUAAGAACUACAUUUUCUAUAAGUAGUUAAUAAUCGCGACUAAUUUGUGAAAAAUGGUUUCGAGAGCGACAUCGAGGAGGAUCCCAGAAGUAGAGCCGCGUAUAGAUUACGUGCAAUGCGAUGGAUUAGUGGUAAUGAAGAUGGUGAAACAUUGCCAUGAGGAAUCUGCCAGCAAUAUGGAAGUUGCUCAGGGUGCUCUUCUAGGUUUAGUCGUGCAGAAUCGUUUGGAAAUUACGAACUGUUUCCCGUUUCCCAAAAAUGACGAGAUUAUGGACGAGGAGGAAUAUCAGCUUGCCAUGAUGCGAAGAUUAAGAUGGGUGAACGUUGAUCACUUCCAUGUCGGUUGGUACCAAAGUGCAGAUGUUGGGAACUUUUUGAAUUUAUCUCUGUUAGAGUCACAAUAUCACUAUCAAACUUCUAUUGAAGAAUCAGUUGUGCUUAUAUAUGACACAGCUAAGUCUGCCAGAGGUUUCCUGACUCUCAAGGCUUAUCGACUUACUCCACAAGCCAUACAAAUGUAUAAGGAAAAUGAGUUUACCCCUGAAGCUUUGCGUACCUUGAAGAUUGGAUACGAAAGUCUUUUUGUUGAAAUUCCAGUAGUUAUAAAAAACAGUAAUUUGACGAAUAUCAUGAUGUCAGAGUUGGACGAGAUGAUUCCUGAGGAGCAGGGUACCAAGUAUUUGGAUCUUGGAACAGCUACUGUGUUGGAGAACCAGUUGAGAUGUUUGAUGGAUCGAGUGGAUGAAUUGAACCAAGAAGCUAUGAAGUUCAAUAGAUAUCAACAAUUGGUACUUCGGCAACAACAGGAUAAGAACAGACUCUUGGCCAAAAGAGCUCAAGAGAAUGCUGUCAGAGCUGCGAAGGAUGAACCUCUACUGCCUGAAGAUGAUAUUAAUAAGCAGAUGAGACCUCUGCCGGUUCCACCAAGAUUGAAUCCGAUGAUAGUUGCUGGACAAAUUAACACUUAUAGUGAGCACAUUUCGCAAUUCUGUGCUCAAAGCUUAGCAAAAUUAUACAUCACUCAAAGUCUUCAAAAUGCAAAGGAAGCAAAGUCUUCCCAUUAAAAAAACUUUAUUUAUUUGUAACGUUUGAAGAACUAUUUGCAUAAUUAAAUGAAAGAAAUAUGCAAUUUUUCAA